UGGUGUCAGAGCCAAUCUACUGCCUGCUAGGGCACCAUCGUCUGGGCCAGAGAUGAGGGUUCGAUACCUGAAGCUGGGUCUAGUAGCUGUCUGUCUGCUUACAUGUGGCUGGUGGCCUCCCUUCUGGACCAGGAGUCCAGCCAGAAUGACUCUCAGGAGAAGCCCAGGAUCCGCUAAAGGACCUGCCACUGCCCCAGGGACUCUAAGAAAGUGUAUCUGUUCAUCUGGGGCCCACGGAGUGCUCUACCUGCCUCCACAUUCCGGGAGAGUCUGUUUGGUUUGACGAACGCUUUGAAAUGCACAUUGAGCCCCUGAUGAGGUCAGAAGCACCCAUGUCCUCUGAUGCUUUGCUAUUGUGGUUGGUCAGUGCACAAUCUCGGUCUCUGUCCAGUCCCCAUGCCCAACCCCAGGCCCCGGCCAUCUCUCCUUUCAAGGCCUCAGGCUCUAACCUUCUUCUACAGAUGGUUGGGAGCCUAGGGUAACCCCCUAAAUUUCUUCCUGUGGUCCUAUGAACUUUAGGAUAUCAAGUCAGAGAAGGAGUUUGGGAAUCAAAACCAGCAGUCAAUUAAAGAACCUUUCACACACCCACUGGACCGUGUGGGGUGCCAGACCUGUGCAGUGGUUGGAAACUCAAAAGUUCCUACGGGGCUCUGGCCUCGGCUUCAAGAUUGACCAACAUGAUAUGGUCCUCAGGUGGGUGCAGGGUAAAAGGUGGAGACUAGGAAAGUCAGGCCAAAUCCUCCUCUUCCCUCAGAUGUCCAUCCUGCCCUCCUUUCCAGGCCCCUGUCCAAGGCUUUGAGACAGACGUGGGGAACAUGACCACUGUGCACAUUACAUAUCCCGAGAUAGACAGCCCUCAGGAUCCUGGCACCCAGCUGCUGCUGCUUCCUCUGAAUUCAUCUGGUCUGAAAUGGGUUAUGGAGGUCUCAGUGAUCAGCCUCAGCUUCCUCCAGUAUGUCCAGCAGAGAUGGCUGGGAAAAAACGAUCACUUUCCAUCCUUGAGGUUCAUAGCUCUGUUGUACGCCUUGCACGCCUGUGACCAGGUAUCCUUAUUUGGUUUGCGGACAGACCGGCUCAGCAGGUGGUCCCAUUACUGGGAUGAAGAAUAUUGGUUCAAGAGCAACAUGCACAGUUUUAAAGAAGAGCAACAGAUCAUUCUUAAGCUGCAGUGUGAGGGGAAGGUUGUUAUUUACAACUGAGAUGGUCCUCAGCCUAUUCAGCCCACUGGAGGCCCCAGGAGGCUGACAGGUAGUCAAGGGGACCUUGGAGUGUCAGAGAGGGACUGGGGUUUCAAACACACCCUGGAUGAAGGUCACUCUGCUACUGAAUAAAACCCUACAUUGUGGCAUUAAACGGCUACAUCCUCUUCUAGAUUCUCAACAGAGAACAUUUCAUUGUUACUCAUAUAUAUAUUUACCUGACCAAAAAAUAAAAUUAAACGAAAAAGAGGAAAAAGCAAACCCUAAAGUUGAAAACACAUCAAAUGGACCUAACUGUAUAUCAGAUUGAUAACAUAACCACCAGGGAAAGAAGUAGUUCAAGUUCCUUUAGAAUUCAAUAUACUGUGUAUUCUCUGUAGGAUAGAUUCUGUGGACAAAAAGAACCACAAAGAAAUUUUCAA